CUCUCUCUCUCCGUGGGCGGCACCAACGAGUCGCGGAGCGGAAGUGGCAUUAGUUCUGUGGCGAGGGACGGAAGCCCCUUGGAAGUGUCGGCAGGCACGCGCCACAGGCGGACGCAAGAGGUUAAUGCCGGGCGUCGGGUUUCUCGGCCCUUCCCCCACUCCCUGAGGAGGAAGAGCCGUUGGCAGGCAGUCACGCCCGUGGAGGCGCCGAGAGAGGCCUAAACCGCCACCGCGCCCCUUUCCGGCGAAGCCUAGGCCCCGCCUGCCUUUCCUCCUCUUCCUCUUCCUCCUCUGAGCCUGAGCCGCAUCCCCUUCCAGCCCCACCCCCCGCCAUGUCUGACAAGGAGUUCAUGUGGGCCCUCAAGAACGGAGACCUGGACGAGGUGAAGGACUACGUGGCCAAGGGUGAAGAUGUUAAUCGGACAUUGGAAGGUGGGAGAAAACCUCUUCACUAUGCAGCAGAUUGUGGACAGCUCGAGAUCCUGGAAUUCCUUCUACUAAAGGGAGCUGAUAUUAAUGCUCCAGACAAACACAAUAUCACUCCACUUCUUUCAGCAGUUUAUGAAGGCCAUGUCUGUUGUGUGAAGUUACUCCUGUCAAAGGGUGCUGAUAAGACAGUGAGAGGGCCAGAUGGACUAACUGCCUUUGAAGCCACUGACAAUCAGGCAAUCAAAGCUCUUCUCCAGUGACGGAUGGACUGAGAUCUAAUGUCUCUCCUGUGGCCUCACACUGCUGCCUGUCUAUCACUCUUUGUAUCUUCCAGCUUCUUCAGCUAAAUAUUGGAGAGGGAGGAAAAUCACAGUAAAUCAGACUAGUUAUGUACCUUUAUCAGAGAAGAGAGAGUAGAAAUCCAUAUAAUUGAAGUCCUUCCCCAUUUCUCGCAAAAUUGAACCUUCUUGGGCAACGGGAGAAGAAUGUGAUCUGACAUGCAACCUAAUGAGCUUCUCUUGUUCUGCUAAGACAUGCUGAAAAAUUGUGAGAUGGAUGAUCUAUUCUGUAUUUUUUCCAACUUGUCAAGGCAGGGGUUGCCCAGUGCUAUUCUGCUGCCAUCUACCAAUCAAGGCAGUGGAGCAGCUUUUCUGUAGUCCUUGUGCCUUAAGCAAGAGACGCUUGCUUCUAAGGUCCAAGAACUUAACAACUGGAUGCCAUGCUAAUUUGUGACUUCCUGUUUUAAUAAGGACUGUACAGUAAAAGUACGGCUACAUCUCCAGCCAGGGGUACUAAGGGGUGAUCCAAAUCAUGGUUGUUUUCCACCAUCCAAGACAUUUAGUUGAGAACCAGCCAGAUGAUACACAAUGCCUAAUUCUGGAAAAGAGUUAUCUUAAAGGCUCCCAGAUGGAACUUCCUCACCCAGCACAUCAUAAAAUAUACUGGAACAAACUUGACUGCUCCAGACCCAUUGGUGCUAGAGGAUGGUUGUUUUUGCCUUCACGGUUUAGACACAAAACAUCUUAACUACUAAAGAAGAAAUGACUAUCAAUUUAAGUUCAUUUUAUUUUCUUAAAGAAGGCAGAAGCUUUCUUUGUCCUAGCUUUAACCUUUAUCUCAUAAAUUGCAUGAAUUUUUGAAAUAAAUUCUGAUUCACUAUUAUGGCAUUGGGUCUGGAAGAAUAGUACAGCAGGUUGAAGGGUCAUGUUCCCAAAGGAAAUAAUGACAUGUUGCAUUUACAGCCUGGUAAAGCCUGUUUGUUUAUACAGCUCAUUUCGCAAAUAUGCUUCAUGAUAGCUUUUUAAGGGACAUUUCAUGCAUAAGGCUUUGUAAUAUACAAAUAUGUCAAUUUAGGGAUGCCAGGGCAAACAGUAUUUGGAUAUUCAUGUUCAGAAAUGUGGAUAGGUUUUGUAUCAUGAUGUUAAAAAACUUUCCAGUGAAACCUCCACUGGCUUUGCAUCUAUCUGUGCAAUAUUGUAUCUUGAUUGUCAUCCAAUUACUCUGGUGUCCACACAUUUCAUUGUAUUGAAUGUAUUCUUUUUUUCAAUUUUUAAAGUAUUUCUUUUGAAUUCAAGAAUACAAGCAAAUAUUUACUAUAAUAGUCUUGUCAAAACAGAAUUAAGAAUACAUUCUCCAUAGGCAAUGUGAAACUAGACUAAUCUUAUAAUUUAAACAGUAUUUUAUUUGCCCCUUAUUACCAUCCAUAACAUUCAUGUUCUACAGCUAGGAGAAGAACAAAGUUAAUUAUCUAAAGACAGUCUUAAAAGUGCAACCAUAUAAUCUAUUUUUUAGCUAAGGCAGGAAUGUCACGUUAAAAUAAAAGUGUUGCAUGCAGAGUUUGUGUAAGCACACGUGUUCUCUUUUCUGUUUUACAGCCAAAGUGCUGUUAAAAUCUGAUUAAAUUUAAAACCAGAUAUUGUUGCUUAGAGUUGACCUAGUCCACUUGAAAAUUCUUCUCACAUAAAAUGAAAUGAUUGUUUUGUUUUAAAGGUGAAAUUCGUAACUAUUGCUUCAUAGCUAAUUAUUACAAAAGUCACCUGUAGUCCUUAUAUAAAAUUGAAUCAUUUUGAGCUUUUUUCUAGCAAUUCAGUGUCUGAGCUUCUCUACCUACUUGCAUCUUUUCUCCCCAUAGACAUCUCACUUCCCAUCCUACACAUUUCAUUUAAGAAAAUGGAUUAUGAUGAAUAGAUAUCAAGUCACUUUUAGUCAUUUAAACAGAAUAGUUAAAAUAUACACAAAUACUUGUUCUUAAAACCAAUUAAGUGUUUCUGCAGUUCACUGUAUCUAGGCCGCUGGGUUCUAUAUUAAACAUUAAGAAAAGCUAACUGGACUUUUUUAAAAAACAGAGAUCAUGUGCUAUUGAUAUCCUGAUUUUCUGCAGAACUAAAAAUCGUGACUACCAAUGUCUCAUACUGUCUCUUAGAUUGUGAACACUUUUUUUUGAGGCCCUUUAUCUAAUAUGAGGUUUGAAAAGUAUUCCAAGUUAAAUCCAGCACUAAUCUCCCUACUUGCAAAUACCAUUUUAAAGUUCUGACUUAGGGUCUUAAAGCUUUUUGCUUGCCUUUGUAUAAGCAUUGCUUUCAUAACUUAGUUUUUGUUCUUCAGUGCAGUACUAAAUGGGUUAAUUGGUCAAUAGAAGAAGCUGGUAAGAGUGGAAUGUCCUAGUUGAGCAGUUGCAGUGUUGCAUGCAAAAUCUCAAACAGAACAGUCUGAUAUUUUAUAAAUGAAGAAACAAUCAUAUCUUUCUACCCAGUGACAGAAGAAAAAUAGUGCUUUGUGCAUUUUGAUAUUUGACCUUUCCACAAUGUAACUAUUUUGACACAGUUUGGUUUAUCAUUAUCAUGGUUCAUAGACAUCAGAUUGCUAAAUGAUACUGUGUUUGUGUUGCAAGAAUGAAUGGAAUAAACUUGAAUUGUGUUAUAGAAAA